AUGAAUUGCGCAUUCUUGCGAGUACGUUGUUGUUUAGGUAAACAAUUAUUCACCAAUGGACGUAGCUUUCACACGAGCAUUGUGACCUUAUUGCCUGAGAUUCCAUUCAAAUUAGCUGAUAUAGGGGAAGGUAUUGCUGAAGUAGAAGUAUUACAAUGGUUUGUCAAAAGUGGCGAUAAGGUUAAACAGUUUCAAAAUGUCUGUGAAGUACAAAGUGAUAAGGCGACAGUAGAAAUAACGAGUCGAUACGAUGGGAUUGUGACUCGAGUUCACUAUGACGUGGGAGAUAUGGCCAAGGUCGGUAGUACGCUGAUUGAUAUUAACGUGAAUGAAGCUACAGCUCUUCAGCAAGGAGGUGGCAAGAAGAAGGCGUUCUCUGGAGCUCCAAUUCCUCGUCAAAUCUCAAAAAAAGGAGUCGAUGAUCCUGCUUCUGUAGCUAUUCCCAUGGUGAUGGACGAUACACCACGUUUGUCACGGAUUCCUGUUGCUCCUCGUCAAGUUGAAGGCAAUGAGAAGGUGCUGACGUCGCCAUCGGUGCGGCGUUUAGCUAUGGAACACAGGAUUGAUCUGCUUAAUGUUCAAGGCACGGGACCACAAGGUCGUAUCUUAAAGGAAGAUAUGCUCGAGUACAUAAAGGAACUUGCGGCAAAGUCUUCAGGAGCUGCUCCAGUGGAAACAAACGAGACUGUUGCAGUGACGCAAGUAUCUUCUGAGCAUGGAUCAAGUGUGAUGUACUUGCAGCAAGAUACGGUAGUACCACUAACGCCUAUUCAGAAAAUGAUGACCAAAUCAAUGAACUUGGCAUUGCAGAUACCGCACUUUGGAUAUGCUGAUGAGAUACGAAUGGAUGCGCUGUAUGAGCUUCGGAAGAAGUUGAAGCCGCUCGCUGAGUCUCGUGGUGUGAAGCUUUCAUUCAUGCCUUUCAUCAUCAAGGCUGCAUCACUGGCGUUAAAGCACUAUCCUGUGCUGAAUGCUACUGUGAAUGAAAGUGAGACGGAGCUCACGCUGGUUGCUUCGCACAACAUUUCAGUGGCUAUGGACACACCGACGGGUCUGAUUGUACCAAACGUCAAAAACGUCCAGGCAAAGAGCGUAAUGGAGAUUGCUGAAGACAUUCAUCGUUUACAACAACUCGCAGCUGUGGGCAAGCUUACACCUAGCGAUUUGAGUGGGGGGCUCGUUCUCGAUUUCCAACAUCGGCAGCAUUGGCGGCACGUACAUGAGUCCCGUCCUUAUGGUUCCUCAGGUGGCAAUUGGAGCUAUAGGCCAGAUCCAGAAGCUUCCUCGGUAUGA